AUGUCGGAUUAUUUGCCAAAAGAAUUGAUGAUUGACAUCUUCACAAGAUUACCAAUCAAGUCAAUCCUUCAGUGCAGAAGUGUUUGUAGGUCAUGGUACUCACUUAUUAAUAGCCCUAAUUUCAUCUCCGCACACCUCAACCAAAGUACAAACGAUUACAUCCUAAUUCGACCUUACUCUAUAGUUCCUAAAGUAGAAAUUUAUGCUUUGUUCCAUAAAAAUGAGAAUUUGGAUCAAGAUAUCCAGUUUGAUUUUCCAUUUGACUGUAGCAACUUUUACUUUAUUAUUGUGGAGAUUAUGUUGCUGAGUAGUUUAACCAAUGAGUCACGAUCAAACUAUGAUGAAUUGUUCCUCUUUGUGUCAGAGGAAUCACUUUGUAUGGUUGAUAAUAACUAUGACAAAAGUAAACCUAUUGAUAUUUGGAUGUUGAGAGAGUAUGGUGCAUCAGACUCAUGGGUGAAACAGUUCAGCAUUAAAUAUUAUCACGUUGUAGGAAAUAUGCCUCUUCGUGAACACAUUUUCUAGACACCUUACAGUGUAAGCUCUGGUCCAAAUGAGCUUGAGAUUGCUAAUGACUUCAUAAAGCCAAUGGAUAUAAGGAAAAAUGGAGAAAUCUUAUGGGAAGCAAACCAAAGAAAGAAAUUAUUGGUUUUCAUUGACGAUAUAGUUGAAAAGUCUAAAGAUGUUGACCAUGGUAAGUCUACAAGUGAUUGGUAUCACAAUCCACGUUAUGUUACUUUUUACAAAAAGAGCCUUGUUUGACCUGGUAAAUGGAAAAGUAAUUGUGUUGGUGAUGCUUGUGAGAAGUCAUCUGGUUUAUGUAAAAGAGAGCCCAAAGUUGGGAG